AUGAGUAAAGAAGAGCUUGAAUUUGUGAUUAUGCCAAUGGUACAACCUAAUCCAGAUGACGAACCUAUAGAUGUUAGGAAAAUACGAGAAAUUGCGCUUACAACUUUAACCGAAUAUCCACCAGAAGAUCGCGCACUUGCAUGGCUUGUACUUCUUGAUGUAUUUCCAACAAAUCCCAAUAAAUGGGAAGAAGUUCGUAAGACCUAUAUAGAUAAUUAUUGGAAUUUCGUUGAAGAUUUAAAGGUUAAAGAAUGGCAUAAUAAAGUUUUACCUGAACAUAUGCUUCCUGAGGAAUAUGAUGUACCAAAUAAACAAUUGAUGUCUCAGAUUCAUUGUGAUAUUGUUAGAACAGGCAGACAAAUUUUAUUCUUCCCUCCAGAACCUGUUCAACAAGAUCCUGAUCAUAAAGACAUCAUGGCACCCUUUCAAAAAUAUAUGCGUCGUAUCGAGAGAGUUCUAUACAUAUUCGGCACUUUCAAUAUUGGAUUAAGUUACACACAAGGCUUCAACGAACUUGUCAGUCCAUUAUACUACGUUAUGCUUAAAGCUACGGCAUUGUUUAGAAAUAAUCAUGACAUUAUUGAAGCUCUUUCUUUCACAAUGCUUCAACAACUAAUUACAUCAACUCAAAUUCACGAAAUGUACACAACACAAGAUAAAUCUUCCAUUAUAUUACACAAACUUGGAGAGUUUACACAUUUAGUUGAAAAAUAUCUCCCAGAAAUUGCUCUCAAGCUAAAAACAUUAAAUGUACAUCCAGCAGUUUACUGCUACAGAUGGUAUAAUCUGUUGUUUGCUCAAGAAUACGAUAUGCCUUCUUUACUUUUAAUUUGGGACGUUAUUUUCGCUCAUAAAGGAGAAAUGCUUAAUUUUGCAUUUUACAUUGGCCUUGCACAGCUUAAAGUUAUUGAAAAACGCUUGCAAUCUAACGAUUUUUCAAUAAUUAUUUCUGCAUUGCAACAAUUAGACAUAAUGGAUGUUGUUCCUGUUAUUAAAUGGGCAUCAUAUUAUUACAAGUUAGAUCAUCAAAAGCAAUCCAGUGUCUUUAGCGGAAUUCUCAAGCUUUUCGAAUAA